GCCGCCGGAUGUGACGUCAGAGGUCAGGUGGUACUGUUUCCGGGGUGGAAGGUCACGCGCGUAAGAGCCGUCACAAACCUGACAAUGUUGCUGCGAAGCCUGCUGAGCGCGGGGGGGCAGGCGUGGAGACACAGCAGAUGCAUCCACCACAGUCCGGCCUGGAGGAACCCGCUCAUACCCAUCGUGGUGGAGCAGACGGGCAGAGGAGAGCGGGCCUACGACAUCUACUCGCGCCUCCUGAGGGAGAGGAUCAUCUGCGUGAUGGGGCCGAUCGAUGACUCGGUGGCCAGCCUGGUCAUCGCCCAGCUGCUCUUCCUGCAGUCGGAGAGCAACAACAAGCCCAUCCACAUGUACAUCAACAGCCCCGGCGGCGUGGUGACGUCCGGCCUGGCCAUCUACGACACCAUGCAGUACAUCCUGAACCCCAUCUCCACGUGGUGCGUGGGCCAGGCGGCCAGCAUGGGCAGCCUGCUGCUGGCCGCCGGCACCUCGGGCAUGAGGCACUCGCUGCCCAACGCCCGCAUCAUGGUGCACCAGCCGUCCGGCGGAGCCCGGGGCCAGGCCACCGACAUCGCCAUCCAGGCCGAGGAGAUCCUCAAGCUGAAGAGACAGAUCAACAACAUCUACGCCAAGCACACGACGCAGCCGCUGGAGACCAUCGAGGGCGUGAUGGAGCGGGACCGCUACAUGAGCCCCAUGGAGGCCCAGGACUUCGGCCUGAUCGACAAGGUCCUGGUCCACCCCCCGCAGGCGGGCUGGGACGAGCCGGAGCUGGUGCAGAAGGAGCCGGCGGCAGCAGCCAGCCCCGCGCCACAGCCGGAGACGGCAGCGCCGGAGCAGCCCCCGCCCGGGACCAACCCCCCCUCCUCCUACAAGCCCGAGCCCUGAGCCCCGAGCCCCGAGCCGGGAACCCCUCCUCUGCAGCCGCUCCUCCUCCGGACUAUGAAAUAACAGAAAACACCUUUACUCUCCAGCUGGAACUGAAGCCAGGAAACCACAGGGUCUCACCCCGUUAAGACGUGUGACGGGUGUUUGUUUCUGCACACGAGCUGGUUUCAGGAGGAGGAAGCGUCCAGGUCACACAGCCCAACAACACAUCCUCUCUUUGUUAUUCAUAUUUGUAAUAAAUAUUAUUUUGACCUCAA